AUGUCCAACAGCAAAGUGUACCUCGUCACCGGCGCCAACGGCUUCAUCGCCUCGUCGCUGGUCAAGCGACUGGUAGAGUCUGGAGCGACGGUGCACGCCACCGUCCGACGCUCAUCUUCGGGUGACGACGUCAAGAAGUCCAUCUCCUCCACUGCAACAGGCAAACUUCACAUCUUCCUCACUCCCGACAUUACCACCCCGGGCGCAUUCCGUGACGCCCUCAAGGGGGUGACACACGUCUUCCACACGGCCUCCCCCCUACCCGGUGGAGAAGGCAAGACGGAUGCCAAACGGGACUUUCUCGAUCCUGCGCGAGCGGGGACGCUCACCCUACUUCAGGACGCAGCGGACGCAGAAAGUGUCAAGAAGGUCGUGUAUACAUCGAGUGCCGCAAGCGUCUUCGAUCCGUCCAAGUUGACCACGGGCAACAUGCACGAUGAAAAGGAUUGGAACCCUAUCACGUACGAAUACGCUCUCAAGGCCGGGGAGGGGUUGAAGAGCGAUAAGAAGGACGAGGUGUUGCAGGCGUCCUUUGCGGUUUAUACUGCGUCGAAGCGGGUUGCCGAAGAGGCCGCGUGGGACUUUGUCAAGGACAACAAGCCUGGGUUUGCACUGGCUGCUGUCAAUCCGGUGCUUGUUAUCGGCCCACCUACGUUGGGCGAGGGGCUGAGCGGAAGCAACGGCAUCUUUUGGGAAAAGCUCGUCACCCGCCCGGUCAGGGGCGAGGACGCAACCAGUGCCUAUGUGGAUGUGGACGAUACCGUCGAGGGUCACAUCCAGGCCAUGGAGCGCGCCCAAGCCGACGGCAAACGCUUCCUCCUCACCGCAGGCCAACCGCUCCACCACGAGGUGAUCAACUGGGCCAAAGCCAAACAGCCCAGUGUGGACUUCGACAAGGUCGAGGUACCAGCAGAUGCACAGGAGCAGGAGGAGAGGCAGACCAAGUUCGACAACGCUCUGUCGAGAGAUGUGCUCGGGUUGAAGUAUCGGAGUGUUAGGGAGAGCGUCGAGAGGUUGGUCGAUUGGGCGGUGCAGAGCGGCGCUGCGAAGGCUUAG